AUGGGUGCUCAGGUUUCCAAGACCGCCCAUGCUGAGAAGGGGCCUGCUAAACCCGACGACCUCACGAGGUCCAUGGACUACCUGACCCUGGAGAGCGAGAAGCACGGCGAGGAUACAGCAAUCGAGCGGGUACGAUGGAACCCGCAGGGCCUGGCCACUGAGGAGAUGCUAUCGUGGCAGAGCAGCAUUCUCAAGGACCCGAAGAAUAGGCUCGCGCUCUCGGCCUUCAGCAACGCCAAUCCCAAAACAAUCCUCACAUCGACCGAAACGACCCUCUCCAACCCCCAAAUCUUCAACGUCAAAAUCCCCUUCGAGGGCGGGCCCAUCACCAACCAGCGCUCCUCCGGCCGCUGCUGGCUCUUCGCCUCCACCAACAUCUUCCGCGUCGCCAUCAUGCGCCGCCACAACCUCGACUCCUUCGAGCUCUCCCAGUCCUACCUCUUCUUCUGGGACAAGCUCGAGAAGUCGAACUGGUUCCUCGAGCAGAUCAUCGAUACCGCCGACGAGGACCUCGACUCGCGCCUCGUGCAGACGCUGCUCUCCGAUAUCGUGUCCGACGGCGGACAGUGGGAUAUGGUGUAUAACCUUGUGAAGAAAUACGGCCUCGUGCCUCAGAGUUUGUACCCGGAUAGCUGGAACGCUAAGAAUUCGCGGACCCUCAACUCCAUCAUCAAGACGAAGCUGCGCGAAGCCGCGCUCAAUCUCCGACAGAUUUCCCGAAGCCGAGGCGUAACGACGCAGGAUCUCAUCUCGGAAAAGCAAAAGACAUUGAAGGAGAUUCUCCUAAUCCUCACCCUUUGCCUCGGCAAACCACCCGGUCCAGAAGAUACAUUCACCUGGAGCUUCCUUGAUAAAGACGGUGCCGCCCACGAAGUUAAAACCACACCCAAGGAAUUCGCUGCCAAUAUCUCCUCACCCUCUCUGCGAAUAACCUCGGAAACAAUCUCGUCCUUGAUCUCCCUCGUGCACGAUCCGCGAAACGAGCCGCUCACUCUCAUGACUGUCUCGCGACUCGGCAACAUCGUUGGCGGCCGUCCCGUAACCUAUGUCAAUGUCCCGCUCGCAACCCUCAAAUCCGCCUGCGUCUCCAUGCUUCGCGCCGGUCUCCCCAUCUUCUUCGGCUCUGACGUCGGACAAUUCUCCGACACGGCUUCCGGCGUCAUGGACCUCGACAUCAUCGAUUACGAGACGGGCUUCAACGUGCCGCUGCUCGGCAUGGACAAAGCCUCUAGGCUGCGAACGGGCGAGUCCCAGAUGACGCACGCCAUGGUCCUGACCGGAGUGCAUGUGGACAAGGAAACGGGCAAAACGGUGAGGUGGAGGGUGCAGAAUAGCUGGGGCGAGGAUGCCGGAGAGAAGGGAUGGUUUGUCAUGAGCGACCGAUGGAUGGAUGAGUUUGUCUACCAAGCCGUUAUAGACCCGAGAUUUGUGAGCAAGGAGGUUAGGGAUGUGCUGCAGCAGGAGCCCUUGGUGCUGCCUCUUUGGGACCCUAUGGGUAGUUUGGCGUAG